AUGCUUUCUAUUAAAGAGUAUAUCGACAAUCUCAACACGAGAGCCUCCAAAUCAACUUUUGGUAGAGUUUUUCGCCUUGAUGGAUGUGGUCAUGAACAACAAAAGAAGAGUGCCAAAUUCGUCACGGAAAUCAGAGCUGGGGUGACAACCUUUUUCACAAUGGCAUAUAUCAUUGCCGUCAAUUCAACGGUUAUAUCACAGAGCGGUGGCCCCUGUAUCUGUUCCGAUACAGAAGAUCCGUCAUGUGCAACAGAUUCUGACUACGCCGCCUGUGUUCUUGACAUCAAUCGUGAUAUGAUUACUGCCACUGCAGCAGUAGCAGGCAUAGGAUCCUUAGCAUUUGGCUUCUUCACUAAUCUCCCGGUCGCUUUGGCACCUGGCAUGGGCCUGAAUGCAUACUUUACUUACCAAGUUGUUGGAUUUCAUGGAACUGGGACUGUUCCUUAUCGUUUGGCACUCACAGCAGUAUUCAUAGAAGGAUUUAUUUUCGUUUUCUUAUCUUUAAUCGGCAUGCGACAAUGGCUUGUAAAGGUCAUACCUGCUUCCAUCAAGGUCGCUAGCGGUGUCGGGAUUGGCCUGUUUUUAACAGAAACCGGAAUGUCAUACUCUGCAGGAAUUGGUGCUAUGACUGGCUCCGCCAUGUGGAUCGGAAUUAUCUUCGGAGGUUUCUUAACCGCAUACCUAAUGGCAUUUAGAUUCAAAUCAGCGAUAAUUAUUGGCAUUGCAAUUGUAUCUAUCUUCUCAUGGCCGCGCGGCACGACUUUUACGUAUUUCCCGUACACUCCUGAUGGUGAAUCACGUUUCCAAUUCUUCAAACAAGUUGUCGCAUUUCAUCCCAUCCGCAACACACUCGCGGCACAGGAUUGGGAUAUCACUGCUGCAGGCUCUCACUUUGCUUUGGCACUUUUCACUUUCUUAUAUGUCGACAUCAUCGAUUGUACCGCGACUUUGUAUUCCAUGGCACGCUUUUCAGGAGCAGUCGAUACGAAAACUGGAGAUUUUCCCCGCUCUACCAUUGCAUAUUGUACGGACGCCAUGACAAUUUCCAUCGGCUCUUUAUUUGGAUGUUCACCUGUAACUGCAUUCAUUGAGUCUGGUGCAGGUAUAACUGAGGGUGGCCGGACAGGCCUCACAGCUAUUACAACUGGUGUCUGCUUUCUAAUAUCCAUUUUCUUCGCGCCCAUCUUCGCGUCAAUUCCUCCAUGGGCUACGGGAUGUACUCUUAUCCUAGUAGGAUGCAUGAUGAUGCGUCAAGUUGUUUCAGUCAACUGGUCCUAUAUUGGCGAUGCCCUCCCGGCUUUCGUCACUAUCGUCUCAAUCCCUUAUACAUACUCCGUUGCAUAUGGGUUAAUUGCCGGUUUAAUGACAUAUACCGCUCUCAAUGGAUCCGUAUACUUAACACAAAAGAUUUCAAUGGGUAGAUUAACUCCACCAGAUGCUGAUAAUGCUGAAUACUGGACAUAUAAACCGAGCGGUGGUACGGCACCAUGGUUUAUUAGAGUGGCUCAUCGAAAGUUUUGGCAUAGAGGUGAUAUGGAAAGUAUUGAUGGAAAUUCGGCUACCAUGGAACAUGAAUUAGCUGAGAAGAGACACUCCGAGAUCAGAUCUUCUGAUCUUUGA